UACGAGACAUGAUGUUUGUUAUGAAACCGUGAAUAGCGUUUUGCUUGUGCGUGGUUUUUUUAUUCUGCUUAAAUACUAAUAAAGACCCAUCGGCAUUACAUCAAUCCCGAUAUUUAUAAGAAUUUUUCAAAAAUGGGUUUCUUGGAAAUUUUUGGAGCUUUCGUUCUUCUCUAUAAUUUAUUUUAUUUAUUAAUUCCUCUAUUUUUGGACUGCGAUAUGCUAUUAGCUUUAAAAGAAAAAUUCGGUAAACCGGCAGAUUCUUUAGCUGGGAAAGUGAUAUGGAUAAUAGGAGCUUCAAGUGGAAUUGGUGAACAUACUGCUUACGAAUUAGCAAAUGCGGGUUGCAAAUUAGUACUAUCAGCAAGAAGAGAUGAUUUACUACAAAAAGUCAAAGAGAAUUGCUUGGCAGAUAAUAAAAAGAAUGUAACUGAAAAGGACAUUCUGGUACUUUCUUUCAACAUACGUGAUUCUGAUUUACAUCAGAAAAUGUUCGAUAAGGUUUUAUCAGAGUUUGGCAAACUCGAUAUUCUUGUGCAUAAUGCUGGUCGAAGUCAACGCGCAAUUUGGGAGAAUAUAGACUUAAAAGUGGACCGAGACGCAUUUGAUUUAAACGUCUUUUCGCUCAUAAACUUAUCUCGAGUAGUUUUGAAAUAUUUUCUUGCACAAGGUGGAGGUCACUUUGCAAUUAAUUCCAGCUUGGCUGGAAUUCUGGGAGCCCCAUUUUCUGGAUCCUACACCGGAUCUAAACACGCCUUGCAUGGAUAUUUUGAAAGUUUGCGAACUGAGAAAUUUGGCAAAAACAUUGCCAUUACUAUGAUCUGUCCUGGGCCAAUACAAACCGAUUUUUUGCGAGAGAGUUUUACGGAAAAAGCAGGCGAGAAAUUCGGAGAAGAGACUCAAGUUUCUGCGAAAAAAAUGAGCUCGAAACGUUGUGCAGAAUUGAUUUCUAUUGCAUUGGCAAAUCAACUUAAUGAAGUUUGGAUUUCGUUUUACCCAGCUUUGCUCUUUGCAUAUUUGAAAUUUUAUCCAAACCUAAAUAUGAUAAUACUUCAUCUUUUGGGACCAAGAUUUAUCCAAAAAAUACGAGACUCUAAAGUAACCGUCAAAGAAUGAAUAGAAUAAUUUCGUUUUUAAUCUGUAUAAAAAAUACGUUUCUAAAAAAAAUCUCUAUGAAGCGUGGUUCGAAAUGUAAAAACCAGGAAUUUUCAAA